AUGCAACAGACGCGAGAAAACAACAAACAUGAUUUGAAAGAUACAUGGUAUGGUAAAUUUUUAUCGAAAGAAAAUGAAACAACGUUUACUCUUACGCUGAACACUGAUGGUAUUCAAAAACAUAAAAUGCGUUCGGACAGUGGUCUAUGGCCAUUUAUAUUCAUGAUAAAUGAACUACCUUUUCCACAAAGAAGAUACGUCGAAAAUAUUUUGUUAGCUGGUAUUAUUCGAGCAAAAACUAGUCCAUCUAACAAGAUGGUACAAAUUUGUUUACGUUUAAUUAUCGAUCAUUUAUUCUUGUUAGAAGAUGGGCAACCAUUUUAUGUAAUAGAUCUUGAUGAGCAAGGUGGAAUUGAAUAG